CCCUGGCAGGGCUCUUGAGGCGGACUGGGACCCCAUGACCCCAAGUAUGGGAGUCACGUUAGAUUAACGCCCGGGACAGAAGUUUGUAAAUGGCACAUAGCGCCGCGUCCCAGUUCUUGCGGUUCUCUUGGCCGAGUGUUCGGACUCGAAAGUGAAAAGCAGCAUUCGUAAAGAGAUGUGAACCGGUGACUGGGAAGCGUGCGGAGAAUCAGACAGGGGACAGCCAGCGAGAGCACCAGCACCUUGGCAAUGACCCGGGCUUCCUUCUGGCUUGCGGAUCGGUAUUACUCCCGGCAACUGGAUAGGAGAGGGGCGACCCGGUACCAAAUCACUCUGUGCACGAGUCUGUCCUUUUUGUAAAAUUCAUGCCAAAUUUGGAAUGGCUCAAAGAUCAGCUUUCAUUGUGCCCUCUGGUAAUGUGUUGAUUCAGGGCUUUUAUUUAAUUAGGUCGGAGUUUACAAUAAAUGCGUUUACUGAAGACUUUAAGUCGUUAGUUUUCUCCAAUGACACAGUAAGUAAAGUUGGAAUGUAAGUUGCAAGUGUUGUGGGUGCAAAACCUUCGCUUGUUCCUUAGUGUCUGCGUUUGCAGGCGCUAACUAACGACAGGAUAGGUCCAUUUCGCGAGAAAAAUUUCCACAGUGCGUUGCAUGGUCCUGUACGACACAGCAGACAAAUGGGAAAUUAAUUGCCUAUUCGUUGAUGCCAAAGGUCUGGGGAUACAAUGGGAUUCCGAGCUGAUGUUCAUCGCUUCAGCUUUUUAAAGCGCCACAGUCCCCAUUCUAUGUUGAACUCGGUUGAUCACAAGGAAACAGUUUCGACUUAGUUCCUUUAAAACGCUAGACCUCCCCACAGGAGUAUGCAUUUCGGAGUGAUACUUGCAUUCUCGGAGUUUCUGUUUUUCUGUGUCGGUGGUAUGCUAGCAGACUCAUCGCUGUCAUUACAGGAGAAGAGAUGUUUCCUUUACUGGGAUCACUAUUAUGACUAUGUGCCCGAGGAGCUGCCCUGGGCCGGAGCAGAGAGAUGGUGCCGCCAGAGAUUUGGAUUUCUGGCCGCUAUCGGAACAGCUGAGGAUAACCAGAAAUUGACCAGCUUCAUGCAUUCGAUGAGGCUGACGAAAUCCUUAUGGAUUGGUGCUAAAAUAAAGGAGAGUGGCCGUGGUACUUUUGGAUCACACAUUCUGACAUUUUCUGGCAGAACUGACACCAAAUACGCCAAGCUUCUGAAGCAGUUCUCUCAGCUGCGCUCGGUCACCGUCUGCGCUCAGGUGCAGUUCGACUCGACUUACGUGGGAGUUUCCACUGUCUUCUCCUAUUCGAUCCCUUCAUUUAUCAAUGAGUUCCAGCUCCGUGCUAACAUCGUCCGCGGGCGGCGGAUUCAGCUGGCGCUGCUCGUCCAUGGUGUUCACAGUCCUUACUCACAGGCAGUGGACAAUAAUGGAAGGUGGCAUCAUCUGUGUGUGAGGUGGACCAGCCAGGGCGGGGGCUGGGCCAUUGCAGCGGACGGCUCAGUUAUUUCAUCUGGAGAGCAGCUUCACGUUUCAGAUAACAUCGGAGCCGGCGGCGUUUUCAUCAUCGGCCAAGAGCAGGACACGUUUGGUGGGUCAUUUAAGAAGGACGAAUCUUUCGUGGGGAAUAUUACCCAGCUCCACAUCUGGGAUCGUGUUUUGAACGCUGACGAGAUCCGAUCUUUCGUGGAAGAUUGUUUGGUUGUUCCGCUGGGAUUAUUUUUCCAAUGGAACAUUUCCACCUUUGAAAUUGAAACGUCGGUGCAGGUCCACGAAGGAUUUUCACAGUGUCAAGGUGAUGGAUUCCAAGUCACUGAACCAUUUGACAUUUUGUGGGUGGAUGGAACUUUGCCUCAUUUUCACAACAUCUCGUCAGAUGUCAGUCACCCAGUUAAUAAAGGAGAAUGUGUAGCCUUUGAGCCAUUAACUGGAGCUUGGAAAUCAGAAGUCUGCUCAAAACAGAAAGAAGCACUCUGUCGAUAUGACAAAGAUAUAUAUGAACAAAUGCAAGACUUGUCUUCUCUGCCACCCUCUCCAUUUUUCCUACAAGUUAAGGCAAAUUCCAUUGGUAUUUCAAUUGCAGAUUAUUUGCUGCUGAACCAAAGCGAAUACCCAGAAAACGUGUCUGUUGCAAACUACAUCACUGGCUUGUUGUUUGAAGCUGCAGAUCAAAGUCAUGCUAAACUCACCUCUGCUGACUUGCUAGCACUGACGAGAUUUCUUGGAAGUGUUGCCGAACUGGAUUUUGAAAAUGAAGCAAAUAAUUCUGAAACGGUUUUGAGCUUGGCAACUAACUACGUUAAAUUGGCGAGCAAAAUCAUAGAUGUCAAGUAUUCCCUGGAAUGGCUUGUAAUAUCUGAGGUGAUCCCUGGACCCUAUGUUAUAAUUCACAGCGUCGAUAUACUUGCUGAGAAGCUGUCUGAUAUUUUAUUUACUAUUGGACCAAGUAUUGUACUGUCAACAGAAAAUAUAGAUAUGCAGCUCAAAGUAAGCCAGCUAUCCGAUGUGGGAAAAGACCUUGUUUACAAACCAAAAUGCCUCUCUGCUCGGAAUCGAGCGGAUGAAAUUCAAGUUCCUGAUGCAGAGAUAUCCCAGCUUCUCACUUCCGGGUACAGUGAAUUGAUAUUUAUAAAUGCUUACUACCGGAGUGUGGAGUAUCAUUUGACAUCUCAGAAUCCUGACUCUUUAUUACUGGCUGGGAGAUCAGACAAACGUUUGCAGACAAGUCAACUUCAAACCGCUGUUAUCUCUUCGACUGUACGUGAUCCAGUCAAAGCAAGAAAUGUCCCCACAGCUGUGCAGUACUCUCUCUCUCACAGGCCUGUGGUUGGAUAUUCAAAAGUGGCCAUCCCAGCUUGUGUGUUUUGGGACUUCAGACUUCUAGAUGGACAGUAUGCUGGAUGGUCAAACCAAGGUUGCCAAGUGAUUAAAUUUGAAUCUGAGAUCACAGUCUGCUUCUGUAACCACACAACCAACUUCGCUGUGUUAAUGCAGUUCACAGAAGUACAGUGGGGUUUCGAGACAGAGAUAAUCCUAAAUAAAUUGACAUUCAUUGGAUCUGGAGCCUCUCUGUGUGCCCUAGUGGUGACCUUGACCCUUUUCACAGUGCUGGAUAUACCAAAAUCUGACCGCACCUCCAUUCACAAGAACCUGUUUGUCGCUCUGAUUGCAGCCCAGGUGGUAUUACUGAGCAGUGACUCAGCAACAAACAGUGAGACUGCCUGUACAGCUGUGACUGCCCUUCUGCAUUUGUUCUUUAUGGCUGCUUUUGCAUGGAUGAUGGUGGAGGGGCUGCUCCUCUGGAGUAAAGUGGUUACUGUCAAUUUAAGUGAAGAGCGGAGAAUGAAAUAUUACUAUCUUAUAGGUUGGGGUCUCCCUGUCCUAAUAGUGACCAUCACACUGGCAGCAGCACAUGACAAGUACAUUUCAGACAGAUACUGUUGGUUGAAUGUUCACAAUGGAGUGAUUUGGGCCUUUGUGGGGCCAGUUAUCUUCAUCAUUAUGGUGAACAUGUUUGUGCUCACACGCGUUGUACUGAUCACUAUGUCAACGGCCAAGCGGCGGGCCACCAUGCUUGCUGUUAACAGCAGUCCCAUCGAGCAAGCCUACGAUCAGAUUAGGGCUGCUGUCAAAGCUGUGCUGGUGCUUUUGCCCAUUCUCGGCCUCACGUGGCUCUCUGGUGUCCUGGUUCCACUCUCUGUUGUAAUGGCGUAUAUCUUCGUGAUACUCAAUUCCCUGCAGGGUCUCUUCAUCUUCCUGAUAUAUGGAGUGUACAACACAGAGAUACGGAGUACAAUAAAAAGAUUAAAAGAACGAAGAAGAGCUCUGAACUUUUCAAACUGCGCUACUUCCCGACCAUCGAGCUCUUUGACCAGCUCCAGACCUGCUAGUUCACCAGUGACGGGAUCAGAGAGCCUUGCUAAAGAUGAUGGGCUACAGGUUACAGAUGGAUUCAAUCUGCAAGGCAUUUGCAAAAUGUCUUUCUAUGACAACAGUGUUGUCUAUGAAAAUCCAGCCGUUGCAAAUGAGAGACAGCUGUCAACCCCUAGCCUGCCACAAGGACCCGAUGAAGAGUUGUCAUGCUGUUCUCAGAGCCCAGUGACCUCCAGUAAGGUAGUUCUGGAUCCUGGUGUCAAAAACAAAAAUUGUAGAAGGAAUGGUUGCAAAGCUGAUUAUCCCCUUCCCAGUGGACGGGAGGAUAUGGAAGAUGGCUGCAGCCUGCAUGUACCCAUUGAGCUUGAAGAUCGUUCUUGCUCCUCAGUGAAUGUCGUGUCCCUGAAGCGAGUUGGCAGCUUAUAUUUGGACUGAUUAAAUCAAGAUGACAAAUGUUCCUCUGACUGGUGUUGUGCAUUGGUUUAGAAAGUAAUAACACUAUGGUGGAAUCUGCGUGUGUGCAUGGUGUAGAAAGCUCUUGAGUGUCUUUAAGAAAGAGAUAAAGCAGAUUGCUAAUGGGCGUUCUGUCAUCAUUAAGGUUGAAGCCCUUUGCUGCCAUCUAGAAGUUUGCCAUCAUUUAUAAUAUCAGGGAGGUUAACCUCUGUUUUUGUUCCACCUCUGUUUUACUUAACUCAAACCUAUCAGUUCAACAACAGUCCCAUGGGGAAUGGCACAUAGAGCUUUUGCUGGUAAAAGGUGUUAUUAAAAAUUAUUUAUCAAGGUUUUUUUUGUUAGAGUUUGUUUGCCAACAGAGAAAGGUAAGCUAUAGUCAUAGUUGAAUGAAUUAUAGUUAAUGAGGUCAUGCAGGUAAAACUAUGGUCACAGCAACACUGUUAAUAUAAUAGAUUAAAACACAAGACUAGACAUAGCUGCAGAUUCCUCAAAAAAUGACAAUGUGAUGCAUUUAACAAUUUUUGGCAUUAAUCGGGAAUUGUCUUCAUUAUGAUUAGUAACUGAAUGUUAGUGUUGUUCUUUGAAUCAGUCAGUAAUGUUAAUCAGUUGAACCAGCAAAAAUAUGAGCAGCAGUGAUUCUUUUAAAAUUUGUACAUAGAAAGAUGGUGUUAGGUUACUGUCACCAACUGCAGGAUGCACAAAAUAUUUGGUUUGAUUGUAUGACAACAAUAUUAUCAGAUGUAGAAAGGAACCUAAAUGCUGCCAAUAUUUUUUCUAAUUAUAACCUAGAGGUUUAACACAGUCCGAGGUGGAGUAGCAAUGUUCCAAUACCGGUGAUAUACUGAUAUUUUCAGUAUAAGUAAAAUUAACAAUUGUCACUAUCUGCAUUUUAUAUGCUGGCAAAGAUAUAUUGUAACAGUAGAAAUUGUGGUAAAUCACAGUAGUUUGUGAUGCAGAGUUAAAACUUCGCAGAAAGUGGUGAGAUUUCUGGCAGGUCACAAUGUUGCCAUUUUUUCUGUCAUACUUCUAAAAUUGAUUGUGCUGUGCUGUGAUAAUUCAUGUAUGUGAGCAUAAUUUUUGUUCAAGUAAUUAUGUGGUUUCAGCAAAUGUUGUAGGUACGCAUACAAUAGCAUUUUGAAUAUUGUGAAGCACAGCUAAUUUACUUAUUUGCGCACUGGUUUUCUAUGCUAUCAAUUAUUCUGUACUAAAAUGUAAUUUUGUCAAAGGUAUUUUUUCAUUCAUGAAUGUUGAUGUGGCUCUAGACUCAAAAGAUAAAACACAAACUUAUUUUAAUUCAAAGCUUUAUUGAAAAUAUUGAAUAAUAGAUGGCUUGACGUUGGAACUUGUUGAUUGACUGCAAGGUCACAGAACUGUAAGAUAGAAUUUUAAAGCAGAAAAAUAACCCAGUGGAUUCUGAAAAUCUGAAAUAAAAGCUGAAAAUUAUUGAAAUACUCAAUAGGUCUAGCAGCAUCUGGGAAGAGAAAUUGACGUUAAAACUUCAGCUGGAUAGCCUUUUUACAGAAUGCUAAGGUGUAGUCAAUCUUGAUCAGCCAGGCAUGUGUGAGGCAAAUAGCUUUUCCACAGACAGUGAAAGACAAUUAGACAGCAUUUUAUCUUAAUUCACUCCUACCAGAUGCUUUAGCUGAAAAACUAUUUAGAAACCAAGAAGGGUCUGAUAAUAUGGAGAUAGAAAACAACACAAUAUAAUCACUGCAGUUUCUCAAGAUCGUUAGAGAUGAGGACUGUUAUCUAGUCAAUCUUAAGUCAUCCAUCCAGAGAAAUGCUAACAUUUUCCAAAAUAUAGUGUCCCGUUCUUUUUUUUUAAAUUAGGACUUCUGAUACCCACAUUUAUCACUCUUUGUAUGCAGAAAUAUUCAGUGAUC